UAGAAACCAGCCGUUUGGAAAGAUGAAUGCUUACAUGCACGUUCUCGCUAUGGAGGGUAAUCUAAAGCAACAGUUAUCUUCAAAUCAGCCUACGAGGCAUAUCAUGGACGGCAGUGCCUAAAUUUAACGCACAAGUUAAUACAGUUGUCCCAGACGAUGUUUGACGUCUUGUGAUGCAGUGCAGUUAACAUGUUUUGACACGCUCAUACAUGGAGAUGUAAAUUCAAGAGAUGCCCCUCUACUAAAAUAGGUCUGAGCUGAGAAUAGCAGUGUUGCUCGGGGUGGAAAACAUCUCUUUCUUUGCGGCUCUUCAAAUGCUACUUUGACUUUUAUAUCAGGGGUUUCCCUCAAGUCAACCCUGCGUCACUGCGGUUCACACGGUCGCGCUGGUCUUGCUGCCGGGGCCAUUUGUGGUUUGGGACGAAUGUGGUCGGUCAGCGAUCUCUGAGGCAUGAGGGAGUAAGUGACUGAGCUGUAGUGUUCAGUUCGGGUCAGGGAGGAAGCUCACUCCAUUAAACACUCUCAGGAAAACAUUACGCCUCAUGUAGAGGAACACCACUGCAAAUGAUGUUGGAGAAGUGGCUUUCUUUGGCAGCUUUUGAAGUUCAUUCUUAUCGAGCGAAGAGGAACUGAUACACAGAGCUGGAUCUCGGCCAGAGGGGGCGCUAUGAGCCUCUGAGAUUGCCCUUUCUUUCCUGUCCCGUGUCUCUUUUGACUCGUCUUCCCAUUCAACAGUGGAUGGUGACCAGCCAACAAGCCCCAGAGGAGCCGUGAGGUGUUUCUCACAUCCUCAUCUGCCAGGACACACUCCGCUUAUCAAGCCAGUCACUUCAGAGAAAGCCACCACCGUCGCCACAAUGAGUUCCCACAGCCGCCCAGAUGGACUUCCCAGUAAAGAACAGCCACUAGAACUUCUGAAGCCAUCUGGAGUCAAUCACAUUCCUUCUGUUGAUGUGAGUGCGGCGCUGCCACUGCAAGUGCCGCCUUCUGCCAUCCCCAUGGACCUGCGUGUGGAUCACCAGUUCACCCUGGCGCCGACGGACCCGGCCCAGCGCGAGCAGCAGCUGCAGCAGGAGCUUCUGGCCCUCAAGCAGAAACAGCAGAUACAGAGGCAGCUCCUGAUCGCAGAGUUUCAGCGGCAGCACGAGCAGCUCUCGCGCCAGCAUGAAGCACAGCUGCAGGAGCAUGUCAAGCAUCAGCAGGACCUCCUGGCCCUGAAACAUCAGCAGGAGCUCCUGGAACACCAGCGGAAGUUGGAGCGCCAUCGUCAGGAACAGGAGCUGGAGAAACAGCAGCGGGAACAGAAGCUCCAGUUACUCAAAAACAAAGAACGCGGCCAAGAGAGCGCUGUGGCGAGCACUGAGGUGAAGAUGAGGUUGCAGGAGUUCGUCCUCAACAAGAAGAAAGCGCUGGCCCAUAGGAGUCUCAACCACUGCCUGCCCAAUGACCCGCGCUACUGGUACGGGAAAACCCAGCACAGCUCCCUGGACCAGAGCUCACCACCUCAGACAGGGAUUUCCACUUACAACCACCCGGUGCUGGGAAUGUACGACCCCAAAGAUGACUUCCCGCUCCGCAAGACGGCAUCUGAGCCCAACCUGAAGCUGCGAUCCAGGCUGAAGCAGAAAGUUACGGAGCGCAGGAGUAGCCCGCUGCUUCGGAGAAAGGAUGGGCCGAUCACCACUGCAAAGAAGCGCUCUCUGGACAUGGCAGAAUCGGCAUGCAGCAGUGCUCCUGGUUCUGGUCCGAGUUCACCCAACAACAGUUCAAACAACAUUACCAAUGAGAACGGCAUCGCUGGAUCAAUCUCCAGCAGUCCAGUGGAGGUACAGCGCACUGCAUAUGAAUCUCCAUCUUUGGCGCACAGACUCACGGGCAGAGAGGGUCCUGUUAGCCAGCUGUCUCUGUACACAUCGCCCUCCCUUCCCAACAUCACCCUGGGCCUGCCAGCCACCGGCCCCUCCAGCGUGGCGUCUGGCCAACAGGAUGGUGACAGAAUGGCAGUGCCAGGCUUGCAGCCAGGAAUACCCAUAACCACUCCGUUCAUGCCAGGAGCCCACCUGCCUUCUUACCUGGCCGCGUCCACCUUAGAGCGGGAGGGCGGCUCGGCACACAACACUCUGCUGCAGCAUAUGGUGCUUCUGGAGCAGUCCGCCGCACAAAACUCCCUGGUCACAGGCCUGGGGGGCGUGUCCAUGCAGUCGCAUCCCAUCCACAAGCUCCGGCAGCAUCGGCCCCUCGGACGCACGCAGUCGGCCCCCCUGCCCCAGAACGCCCAGGCGCUGCAGCAGCUGGUGGUUCAACAGCAACACCAGCAGUUCCUGGAAAAACACAAGCAACAGUUUCAGCAGCAGCAGCUUCACAUCAGCAAGAUGAUGGCUAAGCCCAGCGAGCCGGGCCGACAGCACGAGAGCCACCCGGAGGAGACGGAGGAGGAGCUGCGGGAGCACCAGGGCCUGGGCGACUCCACGGAGGCUCUUCCUCACGGGGUCACCAUCAAACAAGAACCUCCGGAUGAGCAGGAUGAAGAGUUCCAGCAGAGAGAGAGGCAAGCCGAGGAAGAGCUGCUCUUCAGACAGCAAGCUCUCCUGUUGGAGCAACAGAGGAUCCAUCAGCUGAGGAACUAUCAGGCAUCCAUGGAAGCGGCCGGUCUGUCUGUGACCUUCCCAGGCCAUCGGCCCCUGUCCAGAGCACAAUCAUCCCCGGCCUCUGCGACCUUUCCCAUUGUGGUGCAGGAACCUCCAGCCAAACCGCGCUUUACCACCGGUCUGGUGUACGACACUCUGAUGCAGAAACACCAGUGCAUGUGUGGAAACAGUAACAACCACCCCGAACACGCCGGGCGCAUCCAGAGCAUCUGGUCACGACUGCAGGAGACCGGACUGCGCGGCCAGUGUGAGUGUAUUCGAGGCAGGAAAGCCACUCUGGAGGAGCUACAGACGGUCCACACUGAGGCCCAUGUGCUGCUUUACGGAACCAACCCUCUCAGACAGAAACUGGACAGCUCAGUGACACCGAUGUUCGUGAGACUGCCGUGCGGAGGAAUCGGGGUGGACAGUGACACUAUCUGGAAUGAAGUUCACUCGUCCAGUGCUGCUCGUCUGGCUGUGGGAUCUGUAGUGGAUCUGGUGUUUAAGGUGGCUUCAGGAGAACUGAGGAACGGCUUUGCUGUGGUACGACCUCCAGGACAUCACGCUGAGGAGAGCACUCCCAUGGGAUUUUGCUAUUUCAACUCGGUCGCCAUUGCAGCCAAACUCCUGCAGCAGAGACUCAACGUCAGUAAGAUUCUCAUUGUGGACUGGGAUGUUCACCAUGGAAAUGGGACUCAGCAGGCCUUCUACAGUGACCCUAAUGUCCUGUAUGUGUCUCUCCAUCGCUACGAUGAUGGGAACUUCUUCCCUGGCAGCGGAGCGCCUGAUGAGGUGGGCAUCGGGCCAGGCAUGGGCUUUAACGUGAACAUGGCCUUCACCGGAGGUCUGGAGCCGCCCAUGGGAGACGCAGACUAUCUGGCAGCAUUCAGGACGGUGGUGAUGCCAAUUGCGAACGAGUUUGCUCCAGACGUGGUGCUGGUUUCUUCAGGCUUCGACGCUGUGGAGGGGCAUCCACCACCUCUGGGAGGAUACAAGCUCACGGCCAAAUGUUUUGGCUACCUGACCAAGCAGCUGAUGGGACUGGCCGGCGGCCGGCUGGUGCUCGCACUGGAGGGGGGUCACGACCUCACCGCCAUUUGCGAUGCGUCCGAAGCAUGUGUUUCUGCUUUGCUUGGAAACGAGUUGGACCCUAUUCCUGAAGACGUGCUACAACAGCGGCCGAACCCCAACGCCAUUCACUCCAUGGAGAAAGUUCUGGAAGUCCACAGUAAAUACUGGCGCUCGCUGCAGAGAUCUGCCUCGACUCUGGGAUACUCGCUGCUGGAGGCUCAGAGAUGUGAAACUGAAGAGGCAGAGACGGUGACCGCCAUGGCCUCCCUUUCUGUGGCCAACAAGCACAUGGGAAAGAGGACAGAGGAGGAGCCUAUGGAAGAGGAACCUCCAUUGUAGAAGGUCCGAUCGACUGCCUUGGUGACCCUCUCGGCUCAGAGCCUCUUCAAGGCCUCUGACGUCGCUCUGCUCUCUCCAUCCGUUUCAUUUUUUGUCCCACGAUGUGCGCGCUUUGAGCACGGGAUCUGAAACGGCUUGAAGAAAUCUCUGUGACACCCAGAGCGCGACAAACGUGUCUCAGCCGUGUUAGUCUGUCUCUGUCCGUGGCAGAACGUCCAGGACUGUGUAACCUGGUCUGUCCGCAGGGACACUUAACUUUUGAGCAGGACAUAGACUCACGUUUCAUUGUUAGAUGUGAGAGCUGGUGCUUUCGACAUGAACUUUUUCAUUAUUUUACAGAGCCACUAUAAGACUGAUUUCGGCUGUUACGGCCUGCAUUUUUUAUUUGUCGUCUCUCUCUGUUCGUUUGUCUGUCUUUCUUUUAUUCUUGGAGAAAACAUUGACUCAUUCCAUUCGCAAUUCGAGUUACUGCUUCACGAGGGUGGACGAUGUGAUCGGGAGAGCGAUCGAAGG